AGAUUCAGAUGACAAGAUGGGAGUGGUAUUUUUUCCAGAAUUUGUUUACAGUGGUUCAAAAGGGUGAGUGAUGUAUGAUAGGUCACUUAAAACAAUCACUGGUUCAGAAGUUCAUUAUUGCAAAGUUUACAUAACAGUAAUUCAGAGGAUAGAGGAGAUAUUCUCAGUUACAGCAGACAAUGUAUCCAACACAAAGAAUGAGGUGUAUGGUAGUAUUUUUGUGAAUACUAGUAAAUAUUGGGGUAAAUGGAAAUGAGAUGACAGACAAAAUGCCAAACGUAGCAACAAAGCAUGGCAAUAUUGAUGUGGAAUUAAUUUCAGUAGGUUAGAAAUUAAAAUUAGGGAAACGAGAUGCUAUCCAUUUACAGUUCAGUUUCUUUACUGGUUUAUUUGGAAGGAUUUGUUUUCUAAACUUUCUGAAUCUAAGUGCAGUUUCACACUCCGAGCAGCAGGGGUCGCUGUCUGUCGCCUCGUCGUGUUGAUCUACUCUCCUAACGUCCGCCUCCGCUCUCGGUCGCUUUGUUUUGAAUAGAUUAGCUUGUUUCCAGCUAACCGGAGUCGGAAUGGAGGAGGAUCCGGAGACCGGGAAUUCAUCCCGGACGGAGAGAAAAGCGUUGGAAAAAGCUAAAAUACUACAACGUGAAAGAGAGAGAAAAGUUUUCCGACUGGUCGGACGGGUUCUGAAGAAGCCUGAAGCUGAGCGGUCGGAGGAAGAGGCUGCAGCGCUGCUGCUACACAGAGAGGCCGUGGACGAGCUCGGCAGGAGGCAGAUCCGAAGAAAUGUCCUAAAGAGGAAGCAGGAGGAGGUGUUUGACGAUGCUGAUGAAUUGAAGAGUAAAGUCAAGCAGCUGGCUGCAGCUGUCAAGCAAGCCAAUCACCUGGUGGUUUACACUGGAGCAGGAAUCAGCACGGCAGCCUCCAUCCCAGACUACAGAGGCCCUAACGGGGUGUGGACGCAGCUGCAGAAGGGCCGCACCGUUAGCUCUUCAGACUUGAGCAAAGCUGCACCAACCGUCACACACAUGUGUAUCAGGAUGCUGCAUAAAGAGAAGCUCGUGAAACAUGUCGUUUCUCAGAACUGCGAUGGACUUCACCUGCGAAGCGGUCUGCCUCGACACGCUUUGUCUGAGCUCCAUGGCAACAUGUUCAUUGAGGUGUGCACUUCCUGUUCUCCGGCCAGGGAGUUUGUGCGUUUAUUUGACGUGACGGAGCGGACGUCGCUGCACCGCCACGGGACAGGGCGGCGCUGCAGCCACUGUGGCAGCGAGCUGAGAGACACCAUAGUGCACUUUGGGGAACGUGGGACCCUGGAACAACCACUGAACUGGAAGGGAGCGGCGGAGGCUGCCAACGAGGCCGACGUCAUACUCUGCUUGGGCUCCAGUCUGAAGGUGCUAAAGAAAUAUGCUUGCUUGUGGUCCAUGAGUAGGCCUGCAAACAAAAGGCCCAAACUCUACAUUGUGAAUCUGCAGUGGACUCCAAAAGAUGAUCUGGCCGUGUUGAAAAUUCACGGCAAGUGUGACGAUGUCAUGAGUCUCCUCAUGGAGGAGCUGAACAUCCAGAUUCCUGAAUACGACAGAGCAGAGGACCCUAUUUUCAAACUAGCUACGCCUCUUCGCCCAGAAGAAGUCCAAAGCCAUAACCGUGAGGUCUUAGCUGCCCCCGACGGCCAGGAAAGCCCCUCCGCCGAGAACCAGCAGCAGCAGCCGUCGGAGGAAACCUCGUCGCUGCAGGGCGGCUGGUUCGGUCGAGGCUACAACAAAGGCAGGAGGAAAAAAAAGAAAAAAGCAGCAUAACUGAGGGAAGGUUCUUUUAGAUGAUGAAGUGCAUUCAGGUGCUACCAGUGAUGUAUGUUCCUUAUCUUAUUGAUGAGCGCAGACUCCAGCUUUAAGAUGCUGCUGCUGCCUGUAUUGACAUUAUAAAUAUACACAUGCAGCAUGUGUCUGAGGGAUGAGAUUUACAUAAAGCUCUUUGCACUGUUAUUUUGUUCUACAUUCAUUCUGUAGCAGCAGCAGGAAUUAAAAGUAGCUCCCGUCAUGUAGCAGUUUUUUUUUUUUUUUUUUUUUAAUGCUACCUUUUUUUACAGUAGUUACCAGAUCGGGGUUAAUAAGAACUGCAAUUUUAACCCACUUCAGUUGCUGUGGGAUUACUGAGCAAUGGAAAUUACUAUAAAGAAAAAUGUUGGUUAAAAAGUCUUAGAAAGAUCUUGAUGAAAGAAGUUUUCAGGUUUUGGACAGUAAUGAAAACACUCCUGCACUUUUCGCUCAUCUGAAUGCGCCAUAUGCAUACACAGCACCAUGUUAGCUUUUUUUUUAUUUUUUAAUCUUUUUUUUUUUUCUUCAAGCCUUUGUGCAACUAAUUUGAUUUAACAAUGUUGCCUGCUGGUAGGAGAUUGACUAGAUAAACAUUAUUAUCGUUCUUCUGGUGCUACCGUGUAAACUGUCAAUUACCUUAGUGUUCGUUUGGGAAAAAUUAGACUUUUGUUUGUCAAUGAAACGUUUCAGAAGAAGUAAGGCAGCAAAAAAAAAAUUGAGUUUUGUACUGUUGAUAAAUUUUCUACAUGCAAAAGAUAUAUUUUUACUCCAUUUUUCAAAAGUUGCUUGUUAAAGUCGCAUACAUUUUAUUUUUUUACAUUGCUGUACAUUUGCGUUUACUUUGAAGGGGUUGUAGUUUACGUACACUAUUUCUUAACCUUGGUAGUCGUUCUGUAACCUGCCAUCAUAACUGUAUAUGUUUUGGGUUAUUUUACAAUUAUCUUAAUUUGUUUACGGAGGUGUAAGAAAAGAAGAGUUUCAUACUUUACUCAUAUGUUGGUUACUUCUUAUUUUAUGUGAUAACUUAAUGUUUUAUUUGGUUGGUAACAAUUACAUUGAUUAUUUUUUGUCUCAGGAAGGUCAUUUGUUAUUGCGAAUUUAUUAAAUCAAAAACAGGGAGCAGCUUUUAUGAGGUUGGGUUCACAGCUCCUAAAACUGAAAACAGUGUUAAACCUGAAUGUGAAGAGGACUCUGUUUUCCCUUGGUGCAUUUUGUAAAGCAUUUGUUUAUAAGACAAAAAAAAAAAAACAAUGUUUACCAUUUAAUACUGUAACUCGUAUUGGAACACCAGAGGUGCUAGUGUUUAUAAAACAUUUUGUUUGUUUUCUUGGCAUUUUAAUGCCAACGGGUUUAAUUACAAGAGCAGUAUCUUGCUGGAAUGUGUGGAACAUAAGCAGCUUGAGAACUGUGUAUUAGAAUUGUAUGUUAAGAUGGUUUGUUGAUGGUUUAUUACUACCAUCUGGUAUUAAACUUGAACAUUUUUCUUUUUGAAGAUGAUAUUCAGAUGCUAAACAAAAACCAGAAUAUUAAAAACUUUUGUUGCUUA